AUGCGCUCCUUUCACUUUCGGUUUUCUCGAAAUGCCUAGUGACGAACUUUAUUUUGAACGAACGACUACAUUAGAUAGAUAGUGUUGACAGAAUUUCACAAUGGAGGGUAUAGUCGUGGAGGUUCUUGGCGUCCCCAAUAUCCUUGCCUCUGAUAGAAUGGUUGACAAGCUCACUAUACACUUCCUGCGACCACGGAACGGUGGAGGAGAGGUGCAGAGAGUGCUGUUUCCAUCUGAUAGCCCGGGACAGGCCUUUGUCAUAUUUGAGGAACCAGAAGUGGCUGCCCAUGUCUCGCGGUUGACCCAUGUGUUGAAGGUGGACCAACAACAAUUUUGUCUCAAAGUCAGAAUAGUUGACAGGCCUGAGGUGGACAUGCCAGUCAAGGCAACUCUGGAUGUGAGUAUGUUCCCCAAUGACAGAGAGGUGCGGCGACUCCUAGACAUCCAUGGCUUUAAGGUGAACGAGCUUCAACAUGGUCAGCUGCUUGUCCAGGGCUCCUUUCUGAAGCUCAGAGCAGUGAAGGCCCAACUGCAGCAGCUCCUACACCAAGACAACCAGCCCCAAUACAACCCUUCCACACCCAGCCUCAGUGGCCAUGCCUCUGGGACCUACAAAGCCUCCACCAGGAUGCACCACAUCAAUAGCACCGCAAUGCAUGCUGGUAACAUGAGUCCUAUGUAUGCUGGGAGCAGGAGUCCUAUUUCAGUCAAUGGAGAGCGGUUUGCACAUGUCCUACAGUCUUCUUCCCCUACCAACUAUUCACGGGACUCAGGGUCACCUUGUAGCCUCUCCAGCCCCCCGAGUGGCAACCCAUCUCCCAGUCUUCUGGCACCAGGGUAUGGAGCCAACGUGACCCACAGGAGGAACACAUCUCCCAGCAGGUCUCGCAGUGUGGUCUCCUUCCUAAUGGACGCAGAUGUGCUCCGAUAUGCCCAGUGCUUCAGGAUAAAGGACAUUGAUACAAUUCUUGGAAGCAACAACAUUCAAAUGAAUGUGCAGCCUAGUGAAUGUUCCGAUAUCAGUUCUGUUAGCCUCGAGGGGAAGAACCCAAAGAGUACUAUGGAAAAGCUGCAAGACUAUCUCACUACACUCAACUCAACACUACGCACCCAAGAAAUCCCACUGGGAACAAUCGAUCACAACGGGCAGGUUAGAAUUAGUAAACUGAUUCAGAAGUAUAAUAGUGUUUAUCCUACUGUCCUCGUCGAUCAGGUCGGAGAUAUUCUCCGCCUUGUAGGGCCUUCCAGGGACAGUUAUGACAUGAUGCAGAUUCUCUUGGGAAAACCCCUAGAACUUCCACCAGCCGGGCGAACAGGGAGGGCACUGGACAGGGGCUCAAGGGAAAGGAGAAGCCGUUCUCUAUCGAGUCUGCCUGUCCCUGUGUCUGCUGCUGUACCAGAUUACUCCCCCUCAAAGUACCAGGGUGACUCUGGGCAUGGAAGGACUGUACAGAGGGCUGGAAGCCCAGUACCCUAUACAUCCACCCCCAGUCACAGGGGAAGAAGUCACUCUGAUUCACAGGAGAAAGUAAAGGAGCAGAGAGUAACACAGAGGGACGUCUCGAGGCGAGGAAGGGAGGAUGAUAUGGUAGGGCCCUCUGCUGGAGCUCAGAUGCCAGUGACGAAAAAGAAGUCAUUACUUACCAAAAUUCCUACAAACAAAGCAGGUUGGAAGGAUAUGCUAUCAGGGAAAAAAAAGAAAAAGCCAUAACAAGUCACUAGUUUAGAUUCUGACACCUAUAAUACAAUUGGCUUUAGCUGUUUAUUUCUUGAAUAUGUUAUAUGUCAUGUGGGGCAAAAUGUUCAGUACACUUUGGCUUAGGCAAAUUGAUUGACAGAUUCUAAUAUGUUCUUUCUUAUGGUCUGAUUUUAAACUAUUAUUGUAAAUAAAUGUGGUUGAUUUUCUUUAUAUUUAUUGAGGGUUCAAGAGUAUGACAAAUGUAUUAUAUUUGUAAAUCUUUUUUUGUUGCUGUGAUAUUUGUUGUUAUUUUCAUUGUGUUUGAGACUAAACCACUAUCGAAAGGUUUUGUACAAAAUAUGCAAAUGAAAAUGCAAUUCGUUUCUGGAGUAGACUUUCAAUGUAGCCUAAUGAUUAAUCAUAAUCUCUCUGUGUUGAUUAUUUGGAACAAUUUGCCUAUUCUGGGAUGAUCUCAUUCAAUCACUUGUGGAAACUGUCAUGGAAUGUGUUCAUUUAAAUUCUUCACAUAGAUUAAAAUCAACAUAUUCUCACUUUAGAA